CAGUGUGUAUGAUCUUGCUGCUCCAUCCACCUCAUUUAUCACUGAUGAAAAGCGAGAGGUUAUUUUCACUCAGCUCAGGAAUUGGUUCCCAGACCCCUCCAGUGCUGCCUGCCCGGUAACCUGAGUGGGAAUUCCCUGUGCCUCAGCCUCGACACCAGCUCUGUGCUCAGCAUCCUGCCCCUGUGACCCAUCGCCAGCCUCAGCCCGGGCUGUGGAGGGAAGUCUGAGGCUUUGUGCUGGCUCCCAGCUCUGGCAUCGAUCUCAUCCUCUUUAAACACUCCCAGGCCUCCCUGCCAGGCUGCAGCAGCUGGAGGACACUGGUGCACCUCUGCCUCUUCCAGGCCAUGAGUGUGUUCACUUGUGUCUGUACAUCUCUCCUUGCUGGCCUUAGGCUUCUCUGUGCACAGGGAUAUGAGCCUGAUGAUACCAUAGGGCUGCCUCUCUCUCCUGCCUGGGCAUUAAAGGACAGUGCAGGGCACUUAUGGAAGCACUAUCAGUCUCUGUCCCCAUGUAGUUCUUUGUCAUCUGCCUCUUUUUGAGGGCAGCUCGAUUCUAGGAAGCCCCGGCAUGGAGACAGGAGCAUAAAAGGCUCUUUUCCUUAUCUCUGACCUUUGUGGCAUGGCCAUGCCUCCAGGGUGGCCUCGGGGCCCAGAUAACACAGGAGCUGGGAUGCACGAUUAAGCAUUGAGACACUGAAGAGCUCUGAGGUGGCAGCAAGGGGACAAAAACUGAAGGGAAGUGUCCUCUGCAGAGCCGGGGGGGUGUGUGAGGAGCAGAAGUGUGAAGAAGAGGUCUUCCCCUUGGCCAUGAACUACGUGGAUCGCUACCUGUCCUCAGUGCCCGUGCGGAAGAACCACUUGCAGCUCCUGGGAGCAGUCUGCAUGCUCCUGGCCUCCAAGCUGCGAGAAACCAUGCCCCUGACCGUGGAGAAGCUCUGCAUCUACACAGACAACUCCAUCACGCCUCAGCAGCUCGUGGAUUGGGAGAUUCUGGUCCUGGAGAAGCUAAAGUGGGACCUGGUCUCGGUGAUCGCCAAUGAUUUCCUGGCUCACAUCCUCUAUCGUCUCCCGCUGCCAAAGGACAAGAUGGAGCUGGUGAAGAAACACGCACAGACCUUCAUCGCCCUGUGUGCCACAGACUACACUUUUGCCAUGUACCCCCCGUCCAUGAUCGCCACAGGCAGCAUCGGAGCCGCUAUCCACGGCCUCACGGUCUCUGUGAGCGGCUUCAGCGGCGAGGCCAUGACCGAGCUCCUGGCCAGCAUCACCGGCACCGAGGUGGACUGCCUGAAGGCCUGUCAGGAGCAGAUUGAGGCAGCCUUAGCCGAGAGCCUGAAGCAGGCAUCCCAAACCCCGCAGGAGCUCCGGGCCACCAAGAGCGCCGCGUACCCGGGCAGCCAGCCCACCGGCACCCCCACAGACGUCACGGACGUCAACCUGUGACCACGUCCCCUUCCCCGGCGCCCAGCCCCGCUGCAUCGGGCCCUGCCCGCCCAAGGGUCGCUGCAUCCCCCCUGCGCACCCGGCUGCUGAGGACGUGCUCCGCUCGCUGGCAGCGUGGAGCAGGAUCUGUCGGAGGUGGAUGCUGCUCGUCGGUGCUGCAGGUAGCCGGGGUGAAGCGACCGUUGUUGCGUGGUGCCGGGGCACAGGAAUUGUUGGCAAGGGGCAGCGGGACCCAAAAAUGAAGUUGUAAAAUGUUUCUCAGUUCACGUUCCUGUUCGCCACCUCCUCGAGGUGUUCACUGUGAUGACUUCCAGCCCUGUGGGGGCCAUCAAUCAUGGAGAGCCUCCUACCCUGGAUUCCUAAUUCCUUAUAUCCUUCAACUCCCUCCCCACGCUGGGGUGCUGCAGCCCCACAUGGCUCAGGGGACAGAACUGAGGGACUAGAGGAGGGAGCAGGGGCUCAGUGGUCCCUGGGUCCCCAUUGCUUCGUGCCAGAGGGCUCUGGCUCUGGGGGGGUGGCGUGGCUGCUUCUGCUUGGAGGGGAAAACAUGGGGCUUGUUUCUUGUUGCCGUUAGAUUUGGGGUUUGGGGGGGGGUUUGUCUUGCUUGGGGACAGCAGGAGCGAAGCCCUCGCCUUGGGCAGCAGCCUCAGGUGAGGUUUGGACCUGCUGAGGCUGCUUAAUUUAUUGGUAACUGCUGGGAAUGGGGAGGGAAGAAGAGUUGGCAGUUCCCCAUCGUGGGGCUUUGCUGCUCUCCUCUCCUUCCCCUUUGAGUGCCUUCACCCUUCGUCCCCUUCCCGAGCUCCCUGCGCAGUGGGAGCCUCACUCGGAGGCUGGUUGGUGGUUUGGGUAGCUUAGAUCAGCCUAGGGUUGAAGAAAUACAUGUGCUGCUAUAGUCUGAGCUGCAUCUCCACGCCUCGGCGCCGGGGGCUGAGUAAACCCCACGUUGCUCCCCGUUGGAGGGUGGAGAUUUCGCUGCGCACUUGAGUUGAGAAGCAAUUCCUGCAUUUUUUGUGUAUUGUUGUUGAUCCCGUCUUGUUAGUUUUUAUAAGAAGUGUUUCUAUAAAAGAAAAACCCGACAAAAACCAAUGCUGCUUUUCUAAGAGAAAAACCCUUCAAGAGUAGAAUUGUAUUACACAGGAGAAGCCAGCGAGACCCUGCAGGGCUGAGGCCGGAUGCUUGGUGCUGCUCCGUGGCCGUUGUCCUCCCUUGGAGGGAUGUGGAAAAGGAGGUAGAAAUCUUCCUUUUUGGAUGCCACUAGAAACAAAGAGUCUUUCCAGGUGCGAAAAGAUGGGGCUGCCAUUCCUUGGGAUGAGGAGAGCCAACUCCUGCGAGCGGGUGGCGCGGAGCCUGUCUGUCCACAAAGAAAACGUCCUUUUCUUUUUUAUACAUAUAUAUAUAUAUAUAUAUAAAAAUGAGUUUUAAUUUAAGAGUAAAGUGGGUUUGGUGUUCACGGGCGCGAUUCCUGCUGCUGGGAGCAUCAGAGUGUCUGGGAUUUGCAAUAAAGGAUUUUAAACAACUG